CAGCAGUUUUUAAUCUAGGUGAAUUGCGAUUCCGAUAUCAUUCUCUGUCCAGGUUUCAACAGUGUCAUUAGCCAGAUUACAGAAUGCCAGCAUACAGGUGGCUUAGUCGAUCGGCGGGAUUACCAAUACCCGAAACAGCUGUCGUUGGUGGACGUGACAUAGACGGAAGUACUAUCUAUGUUGGUAAAGCUUACCAUGAAGGUGACAUACUUCCAGCAAAAGUCAUUCCCGAAAAAAAUGUUGCUUACGUUUGUCAUAACGGCGAGGAACAUCCCAAAUCUGAGUUCGAGGUAUUGUGUCAAGCCGAAUACGCAUGGGAAUUUUGCAGUAACGGAUCCAUUCCUGCCGAUGCCGUAGUUGGUGGAAAAACAUCCGAAGGAGAGAUACUAUACAUUGGCCGUGUUCUUCAUAAAGGUUCUCAAACCGUCGGCAAGGUACAACCUAGUCACGGGUGCCUUUAUAUUCCUUUUGAUGGAGAAGAAUUAUCCUUCAAAGACUAUGAGGUCCUUACUAUUCGUUGAUAUAUUUGAAUAUUUUUCCUAUUCAUCUAUAACAUAAUGCGAGACAAUUAACAUCAAAGAAUCAAUUGAUUCAUUGUUAUUUUAAAAUUUGAUUUAUAAAAAGAUACAACCAAUGAGAGAUCAGUUAAUAUAAAUUUAUUAUUUGCAAAGUGA